AUGGCGAACGCACCAUCGUUGACGGACAUCCGGUUCGAACAUCAUCCAACUGGUCUCGGCGUCAACGAAACUCGUCCACGUAUCUCAUGGCGGUAUGAAUCAAAGUCUGCGUCGCUUGUAAAGAACUGGCUCCAGACGUCUUACGAGGUUGAAGUCAAGCGCAAAAACUCUUCCGAGACCAAGCCAUUCAAGUCAGAUAGUGAUAGUAACAUCUUGGUACCAUGGCCAGAUUCACCAUUGACUUCUCGGGAUGCCGCAAGUGUACGAGUCAGAGCAUUUGGUGUGAGCAGCACUGAAGCGGCUUCCACCGAGGGACAAGCAACGCCGACGGAAUGGUCCGACUGGGCUUCUGUCGAGACCGGCCUGCUGGAACGAAAAGACUGGUCGGCCCAUUUCAUCACAAGCUCGAAGCGAACCGCUUUGCCCGUGGGUGGCAAGCGUGUAGAGUACUUUCGACCCAUCAGAUUGCGCAAGACUUUCAGACUGGACUCGAAACCCGCCCGGUCGAGGCUCUAUAUUACCGCGCUGGGUGUGUACGUAGUCUAUAUCAAUGGCACCAGAAUUGGUGAGGAGCACAUGGCUCCAGGCUGGACGUCAUAUCGUCACAGACUACAGUACCAAGUAUAUGAUGUAGGCGACCUUCUCCAGGCUGGGCAAGACAACACCCUUGCCAUUGAGGUCGGCGAAGGUUGGUAUGCUGGCCGCAUUGUCUGGGGUGAGGGGGUUACAUGCUUCUAUGGAGAAGAGAUUGGAGCACUCGCUCAAUUGGAAGUUGGUCCAGAGAAGGGCUCAGGGCAAAUUCUGGUACAAACGGACGACAAAUGGGAGUGGAAGGAAUCUCCGAUCCUGUCGAGCGGAAUCUAUGACGGAGAAGAAUACGACAUGCGCCAAGAUUACCAAGAUUGGACAAAGAUUUCAUCCCAAGAGCAAAAGUCUUCAGACUGGCAAGCAGUCAAGAAACUCCAAUUCCCGGAAACGACGCUCCUGGCAUCACCGUGUCCCCCGGUAAAGGUCAACCAAUUAGUCAAGCCGGUCAGCAUCUCAGAGUCCCCUACUGGCAAGAUCCUCAUCGACUUUGGCCAAAACUUGGUGGGCAAGAUUCGAAUCCACUCCCUGAGCCGACCUUCGGGGCAUUUACUUACAAUCAAACACGCCGAGGUUCUAGAGAACGGUGAGCUUGGAGUUCGUCCCCUACGAUGCGCAAAAGCCACAGAUCGUAUCACCUUUUCAGACAAUAUCCUGAAAGACUAUUCUCCUCAAUUCACCUUUCAUGGCUUUCGGUAUGUGGAGAUGAGCGGGUGGUCACCGUCUGACGCUACGGAGCCAUUGACAUUGGAAUCGAUCUCGGCUGCCGUCAUGCAUAAUUCCAUGCUUCGUACUGGGCACUUUGAGUGUUCCAGCGCGCCGCUGAACCAACUUCACUCCAAUGUGACUUGGUCGUUGCGCUCAAACUUCCUCUCCAUCCCCUCCGACUGUCCUCAGCGUGACGAGCGGCUGGGAUGGACGGGCGAUAUCCAAGUAUUUGGCCCCACGGCCAGUUUCCUCUACGACGGCGCAGGCUUCCUCGGCAACUGGCUUCGUGAUCUCAUUGCAGACCAAAAACAGGCCGGCGGCGUUGUGCCGUUUGUCAUUCCAGACGUCAUGCCAAACGGCCCGUGGCCUCACGAGUCGCACGCCAUCUGGGACGACGUCGUGAUUUUGCUGCCGUGGGCACUAUACCAAUGGACCGGCGAUGACUUGCCCCUCCGAGAGUGCUACGACGGUAUGCUAGACCAUCUGAAGGUUCUUCCUCGCGACCACGACGGGCUCUGGGAUACGGAGGUGUGGAAGCUCGGGGACUGGCUCGACCCUUCGGCACCCCCAGACAACCCGGCAUUGGCCACGACAGAUAGUACCUUGGUAUCCGAUGCGUAUCUGGUUCAUAUCACCAGAACUAUGGCGCGAAUCGCCGAUGUCCUCGACAAUAGCAAAGACAAGGCCCGUUUUGAGGCAGAGGCGGAAAAGCUUGCCCAGGCGUUUCGAUACAAGUACAUUGCCGGCUCCGGCCUCGUUGUCGGAGAUACACAGACGGCCUUGGCCCUGACCCUCGUCUUUAACCUGCACGAGCAAGGAGACCAGGCCGGGCGGGCGCUCGCGGCGGCACGACUGGCCAAAUGGGUCAAGGCCGCCCAGUUUAAAGUCAGCACAGGCUUUGCGGGCACCAAUGCCAUCCUGCCGGCGCUGUCGCUGGAUCUCCCGGGGGGCACGAAGGAAGAAUCGAACCUGCAGUACGCGUACAAGAUGAUCCUGACCGACGAGUGUCCCUCGUGGCUGUACCCCGUCAAGAUGGGCGCCACGACCACGUGGGAGCGAUGGGAUAGUAUGCUACCCUCGGGCGAGAUCAACCCGGGCGAGAUGACGAGCUUCAACCACUAUGCCCUGGGCAGUGUCGCGGCCUGGAUGCAUGAGACGAUAGGUGGACUCGCUCUGGCCGAAGACCAGAAGGGUAGAGUUGGUUGGAAGUCGUUCCGCGUCCAGCCACGCCCAGGCGGCGAUGUGACAAGCGCCAAGACGGAGUACUUGAGCGGAUAUGGGUGGGUUCGAUGCGAAUGGCAGGUGGUCGAACUUGGGGGAACCAAGGGAAAGAAGUUUGUCAUGGAUCUCACUGUUCCAGCCAACUCGACAGCUGUCGUAGUGCUGCCUGACGCUGACAAGAAGGGCCAGCACGACGGCUUGACCGUAGGCUCUGGUGGCCAUCACUUUGAGUGUCGCUUCGAGGAUCCCGGUGAGUGGCCACCCAAGUCAAAUCUCCCCUUUUAG